CCACGCAGUUGCUUAGUUACCGCGAAUGGAGCGGAAGUCAAAUGGACUGCUGAAAUAAGAUUGUUCCCCGGAAUAAAAUAACAUUAAUUGAAAGUACGUGAUGGAUGAUGAAGUGGGGGUGGACAUAAUUGCUCACGUUGUCCAGCGACUAAAGGGCAAUCAUUUACAUUCUCACCUGGAAAAACAGGCCAAAGAAUGUUUACACAGACCAGAGAUUAAACGCGAGUGUCUCAAAGAUGACGUACGGAGUUUUCUAAAGGAAACUGGAUGGGAGAGAAAGCUGCAGAAUGCAGUCUAUCGGGAGUUGCACACUUUGCCCCCUCCCAGCCAUACUGUUUCCCCUCCUGAACACACAAAGGAGCCUUUGUCUUACAUGCGCAAAGCCCAGGCAUGCUGGGAAAAGAGGAUACUGAAAAGCUUAAACAGCAUGUGCACAGAGCUUGGGGUCCCAUUAGCUCGCAAGAGGCCAGUUCGUGAGCAGAAGGAGCUGGUCCACAAGUGGACUGAGAUGGGAACCAAUGAGCCAGACCUGAGCAAUUUCCGGCCUGUUUAUGCCCCUAAGGACUUCUUAGAGAUGCUGAUCAGUUUGCGAAACGCCAACCAUGACAGCAGUGAUGAGGCCAGUUGCAAAUCUCAUUGGGGCCUGAUUCAAGUGCCCCUUAAUGUCAAGAAUAUCCUUGAGAUGAGAAAAGUCUUUGUAGAACUAGGUCUGGGAACAAGUCAGCUUGGCAUCGAUGACAACAUCCAUAUCACACCAGAUCUUUUUGAAAAUGAGCAUGUUCGCUUGGGGAAGCGAGUGGUGAGCGAGCAGGACAGCGCAGCUGCACAGCAAUACAGUCGACAGGGUUGUCCCACUGGCCUCCGAGCUACCCUUUGGGCUCUCAUUCUCAACUGUGGCAAUGACCUUGAGGAUGUCAUGCGUUAUGAGCAGUUGAAAUCUGGAGUCAUCCAUCAUGAUUUGCUUGUUGACAGCUUGAUCUACAAGGAUGUGAAACUCACAGCCAGUAAUGAUGACUACUACUUUGUGUUUGAGGAUUACCUGUACCAGAUCUUGCUGUGUUUUUCACGGGAUACAACAGUUCUGGAGCAUUUCAUCUACAACAGUGCCACACCUCCCAAGUCCUCCAUCCAGGACAAGCAGGGAACUGAGGAAUAUGCUCUGGUUUACCCACCCAAUGGUGUCAUUCCCUUUCAUGGCUUCUCUAUGUAUGUGGCCCCCCUCUGCUUCCUGUACAAUGAACCUUCCCAGCUAUACAUAAUCUUCAGGGAGAUGUAUGUGCGCUACUUCUUCAGGCUGCACUCCAUCUCCUCCUCUCCCUCAGGCAUUGUGUCACUGUGUCUCCAGUUUGAGAAGCUACUGCAAAUCCACCUGCCCCAGCUUUUCUAUCACCUGCGUGAGAUGGGAGCUCAGCCGUUACGUAUUGCUUUCAAGUGGAUGGUCCGUGCAUUUUCAGGUUACCUUGCCACUGACCAGCUCCUCCUGCUCUGGGACCGGAUACUGGGGUAUGAUUCAUUGGAGAUAGUUGCUGUGCUAGCUGCGGCAGUGUUUGCCUUCCGGGCUGAGAACCUGAUGGAGGUGACGUCAUUGGCUGCGGCUGAGGCAGUCCUUGCCGACCUUUCAACUUUGAAGGUCAUGCCCCUACUCCAAAUCUUUUUGUUCGCCGCAGUCAUUUGAGGAUCACAGAAAGCUUGUGACUGCCAACCAACCAGUGCAGGUGAUUGGCUCCAGUGCUAUCAUCGAGUAUGAAAUAUAAUUUACUCUGUAUUUCUCUUUAUGUAUAAUAUUUAUAUUCAUGUUAUAAUAAAGUAUAUGUAUGUGGUAUUUUGUACAAAAGAUGUAUAUGUAUAUUAUUGUAUACAUAAGUAUAUUAUUGUGAUUUAUUGUGAAAUAUUGAAAUAGGACACUGGAAAUAUUGGCAGCAAGUGUGGCACCAGAGUGGAAACUGUAGCAGAAUGGCCAUGUGGCUGUGCAGCUGGACUUUUACUGUUGGAGGGGCAUAGAUUUAGCCCAGCACUUUAUUGGGGCCUCUGAAUAUGAACAAUUAAUACAUAAUUGGUAAAUUCUACCGUGGGUGAUCUGUAUUACCUCAUAUUGAUUUUUGUAACCCUAGCAGGGGGCACAGGAUGUCAAGCUGUGCCCUUGCUCAUACAUGUCAAAUUCUGAGAGAGUUGUCAUUACUCAGACCAUGCAUUUGUGUGAGGCCCCUGAGAAUGAAGGCCAAAAACAAUCACUACGCUGGGAGGUGGGUGAGGCACCCCUACUCAUUUCACCCCUACCUGCCCUCAGACCUGCCCACCAUUUGUUUUGUAAAUGCUCUCUGUACUGAAGCUCAUGAUGAAUAUUAAGUGCUAUAGAUUUGUUCCUGAGAGGAUCAGUUUGUAGGUUUUUGCUUGUUUUUACCGAAUGCUUUUCUGAUUUGGAAGCAUUAAAAUCACAAACAUGUUACUUACUGUUACAUGCUGAAAGACAUGAAAAGAAUGAAUUGGAGCAGACACUGAGACAGCAGUGGUACUGCCUUCUCUACCCCCUUUCCCAGGUUCAGAUGCUUUUCCAUUCACAGUAAUGUGAUUCUUGGUACAGUACCUGUUUCUGUGCUAAUUAACAUGCAUUUAAUUGUUGUGGAAACUCUGCAUGAGUCUAGUGGAUAAUCAUUUCUAUUAUUUAUACAAUGAGCUCAAUCUGCUGUAAGGCCUCUGAACUCUGGUAUUAGUAUAAUUGUCAUAUUGUAUAUAUGUAUCUUCCAGGCCACAGUUGUAAAUAAGAAACAUGUUCUUAA